UCACACAGCCGAGCCAGCUGGUCACGUGUCGGUCACUACCAGCUGUCAGCUGAUUGACAUGCUCAUAUUUCGGCUGUGUAGUGUUGUCAGCUCUAGCUCAGUUUGCGGACACAAUAACAGUAGACAUUUAUGACAUAAAGUCAAGUGAUAAUGGAUUCAGACGAAGACCGGUUUCUCCAAUAUGCUAAAGGGGGAAGUUUUUCUGAAAUUCAGAAGCUCCUUCAGUCAAGAAUCGACCAAAAAAUCUCUCUCAACCUGAACUGCAUAUCUAAAUCAAAAGCCAGUGCAGGAUGGACAGCCCUCCAUAUGGCUUGUUACUUUGGACACAGGGAUGUUGUGGAGGAGUUACUCAAGGCUGGAGCUGAUGCAAAUGUACAGAACAAUAUGGGUGAUACACCUCUGCACAAAGCAGCCUACACUGGAAGAAAGGAAAUUGUCCUGUUGCUGCUGCGAUAUGAUGCCUCCUCCAACAUUAUCAAUGGAAUAGCUCAGAUCCCCAAAGAUGUCACAGAGGAUGAUGAAAUCAUUACAAUGCUGGAGGCUGCAGAGAGAAGGGAGACGAGGCGGCAGGAGGAGAAGCUUCUUGAAGCAGCCAGAGAGGGGGACAUGUCCACUCUGUCUAAGCUGCUCAGUAGAAAAGAAGCUCCAGAUAUUCACUGCAGAGACUCGGUGGGGAAUACGCCCUUACACUGUGCAGCCUACAGAGGGCAGAAGCAGUGCAUCAUGAAGCUGCUCAAAUCUGGAGCCAGCCCCACUUUAAAAAACAACAAUGAGCAGACAGCGUUAGACCUGGCCCGUACAGACGAACAGAGGUUAAUUAUAGUUGCCUAUCAAGUAAAGGAUGAGAAGAGUGGAGUGCAGAAGAUUGAAGGCCCUCUUUGGAAGAGUUCACGCUUUCUCGGAUGGCGAUCUCACUGGGUGAUUAUUGAGGAUGGAACUCUCUCCUGGUACCCUAGACAGGCUGAUGCACUGACUGGUGUUAGAAAACAGGGCUGCAAGUCUCUUACACAGUCCUACUGCAUGGUCAAACCGUGGGAUCACUGCUUCUUCAUGCUCAGGUGCUUUGACGACACUCUCCAUAAUUUUAAGGUUCCCUCAAAGACUGAUUCGGUGGCAACAAGAAAAAGAUGGUUGGAUGCUUUUGAGGCACAUUCAUCCUACAGCACUCGCCACUGCGCCCAUGAACCAAUUAUCAAUGACUCAGAUAGUGAUGGUGGCAGCGCAGUGAGGAACCUGUCGCAAGCUCUUCAGACAGCCAACUCUUUCCAGCAGAAACUGGGGAGUGAAGUGUCCAUUUUUCUAUCCAUGGUGAAGAACGAGGAGAACAGUGAAUUGGCUACACCUCUUUUACUGAAAGCCAAAGAGACCAGCGAGCUCUCCAGUGAAACAUGUGCUGCUCUCCAUCAGUGCCUUGAACUGCUCACGAAGCAAGAAGAGGUGUGGAGCCUGAAGUUAGAGCAGGAGGAGGAGAAGAACAAAGCGCUCACAGAGGCUCUGCAGACAUUAGCAGCUGAGCACCACGAACUCCAGCGGUCCCUGUGUAGGAGCAGGAGGUUGUCUACCCUCAGUACCCUCACUGAAGAUGACUUCUAUGACGCUGUGUCAGAGUCGGAUUCAGAGCUCUCUGUGAGCGGCUUCCUGUCCGUGGCCAGUCACUCCUGUGAAGAGGACGAGGGGAGAGACGCCCCCCUUCUCAGCAGCCUCCGCCAUCCCAGUUCGCUCAGGGGGCCUUCCGGAAUGUCAGGGGACGGUAGCCAUGGCAACCAACCAGCCCAGUGCAACGGAGUCGAGAGGCACAGAACAUGUCUGCCGGCUCCCAUGUUCUCCAGAAACGAUGUCAGCAUCUGGAGUAUCCUGAAAAAAUGCAUCGGCAUGGAGCUGUCAAAGAUUGCCAUGCCUGUCAUAUUUAAUGAGCCCCUGAGUUUCCUCCAGCGGUUAACAGAAUACAUGGAGCACACCUACCUCAUCCACCAGGCCAAUGCUACAACAGACUCUGUUGAGAGGAUGAAGUGUGUUGCAGCAUUCGCUGUGUCAGCUGUAGCAUCGCAGUGGGAGAGGACUGGGAAACCCUUUAACCCACUACUGGGGGAGACAUAUGAGCUUAUCAGAGAUGAUUUGGGCUUCAGGUGGGUUUCAGAACAAGUGAGCCACCACCCUCCAGUCAGUGCCUUUCAAGCCGAGGGCCUCAAGGAGGAUUUUGUCUUCCAUGGCUCCAUCUACCCCAAACUCAAGUUUUGGGGGAAAAGCAUAGAAGCUGAGCCCAAGGGUGUCAUCACGCUGGAGCUGCCGAAAUAUAAUGAAGCCUAUACCUGGACAAACCCCACCUGCUGUGUGCACAAUAUCAUCGUGGGACAGCUAUGGAUUGAGCAGUAUGGCAGCGUGGAAGUGAUCAAUCACAAGACUGGAGAGAGAUGCAGCAUGACUUUCAAACCCUGUGGCCUCUUUGGAAAAGAGCUCCAUAAAGUGGAAGGAUACAUCCUCGAUAAAAGCAAAAAGAAGCUCUGUGCAAUAUACGGCAAAUGGACUGAAUGUCUCUAUGCAGUAGACCUUGCUAGCUUUGAAGCCCACAAAAAGACUGACAAGAAGAGUUCAGAUGAUAAAAAAGGCAAUAAACAGAGCAGCACGGAUGAGGAGCCAGAAGAGAUACCUCCCCCCGAUGCUGAGACCGUCCAGGUCAUCCCAGGCAGCGAGCUCAUUUGGAAAAUAACGCCCCGACCGGACAACUCAGCCAAGUUUUAUGCAUUUUCCACAUUUGCAAUGCACCUCAACGAGCUGGAGAAAAGCAUGGAGGGAGCUAUGCCUUCAACAGACAGUCGCCUCAGACCUGACAUCCGCGCCAUGGAGAAUGGAGAUAUUGAUUUGGCAAGUGCAGAGAAGAAGAGGCUUGAAGAAAAACAGAGAAUGGCUCGGAAAAAUCGCACCAAAUCAACAGAGGACUGGAAAACAAGGAAUUCUGCACUUGGCCCAAGGUGGUUUCAGCAAGGGCCCAACCCUCACAACAAAGCUCAGGACUGGCUCUACUUAAAAGGCUACUGGGACAGGAACUACACUCUCAUGCCUGACAUCUACUAAAAAGUAGAAAAACAAGCAAACACCAUGAAUACAGACAUCUACUUUUAAAACCUUUACACUUGAUUUUCUGUAUUAGAGUGUGUGCUAGAGCUCCCUGGAACACACAGAGUGCAGAACAGAGAGUAGCAUUUACAUAGCAUACUUAACUAUUAAGGAAGUAAAGUAAGAGUCCAGAGGUGUAUAUUCAACAAUAGAUCUGUAUUAACAAUGAAGCACAAAUCUCUCUUCUGCUUAUUUAUGGUGGUCUUUGACCUUUGGUAUAGGCAUGUAAUUCAAAGUAGAAUGUAUUUUAGAAAUAUUCAUAUAAACGUUAAACGGCUGAAGUGUUAAAACAGCAGCCUUAGUUUUGUUGUUGGUAGUUUUUCCUUGAUUCCUGCUGGUCGUGAAAACGUUCUAAAAACAUUUGUGCAGACCAGAAUCACCAUCACUAACAACUGGCUACAGAUGAGUGAACAAUACACCCUGCACACAUUGAUUAGACCUUUACCUAACAUUAACAUUCUACUUGUGCAUGCAUACUACUAUGCUGUGCAAAGUAUUGAAACAAACAUUUGAGAAGAUGUGCUUGUGGGCAUAUCAGUGUUGAUCUGUAUCUAUAUGUUCCUCUGGUAAGAUACAAGUAGGGGAAAAGUGACAUCUGACAAGAAUCAGGGCCAUAAUGACAACAAUAAGACUAACAUAGAAGAAAAGUUUAAAACCUAUUCAGACCUUAUAAGUGAUGUACUGUAUAGAUGUGUAUAGAGACGAACAGUGUUGCACAGAAGUCUACCUGACAGUAGAUAUAAAGUAGCACUUUUUUCUAACCAUACUAAAGUAGAAACACUGGCUCUGCACUUGAAGAUUUGUGUGCGUGUGUAAAGGUCUUGCAAUAGUUAAGAGUAAUUACUUAUAUCCCUAGUGUUGUUGGUAUAGCUUUCAAAAUAAGAGCAUGUCUAUCACUAUAACUAUGCAAGCCUUACCUCUUUUACACUCGAGCACUGAAUAUCUACUCUCUGUAGUUGUGAAUAGCUGAUAGAAGUUGUAGUUUUUGUUCUGUUAUCACACUUUUUGGUAUCAAAACCGAAUUUCUAUUGUUGCUAAUUAAAAGCUUAAAGUUGAUUGAACUCUUGAUGCUCCGUGGGAUUUACUGUCAUCGUAAUGAAGACUUUCUGCUCAA